AAAUACUUUCAAAUAUUGUGAUGCCUUCCCCAAUAAAAAAAUUAUACAUCUAUCAACAUGUCAAUGUUCUGGUGAUGGGCUCAUCUGCUGAAUGCUCAACAACCAUAACUAAUUGUCUGAUCACUUUCAGGAUGAACAGUAUGCCCAGGGCAAAUUUUACCAUAUCAAUGCCGCCAACUAGUGCCACACCAAUUCCCUCCAUACCCCUGAAGAUAAAGAACACAUCCAACACAUGCACGUACCAGCAUGGAGUAAGACAGCACUACUCCACAGGCAGUAGAACCCUACCUUUAUGGCCUCAUGGCUUUCCUUAAGAAGCAUUCCAUGCAGCACAUUUCCUCCAUCCCAACCCAUCAGGCUGACUUCCCACGGUCAAUAGGAGUCCUCACCCUGGGAUCAUUCUGCAAUCCCCAUGGCUCCAGCUCCCAGCUUCCGUGGACACCAGUGGACUUACAACCCUGUCCGAGGGUCCUGCCUGCUGCUGCUGCUGGUCAUGUCUAAUCUGCUCCUGUGCCAAGGCAACUCAUGCCCGUCCUGCGGUCCUGACGUGUUUGUCACCUUCCUGAAAUCCCUUACAGACUUGUUUAUCGAUGCUUCCUGGCUCUCCCAUGACUUCUAUAACCUUUCCACAAUAAUGUUCCAUAAGUUUGAUGAAAAAUAUGCCCAGGGCAAACUGUACUAUAUCAAUGCCACGAAGAGCUGCCACACCAAUUCCUUCCAUGCUCCCGAAGAAAGACAUAAAGCCCAGCAGAUGAACAAUGAAGACCUUAGUAAGUGGACACUCGUGUUACUGUACUCCUGGAAUAAACCUCUGUACCAUCUAGUCACGGAGCUGCAGAGUAUGAAAGAAGUGUCAGAGGCUUUCCUAUCAAGCACCAUAGAAAUUGAGAACAUGUCAGACAAACUUCAAAUAUUCAUAGAGAGUCAAUUCAGCAAGAUUAUUGUUUCAGCCUUGAAGACGAUACACGAGGCUCCCAGUAGCUGGUCAGGACUCCCAUCCCUGAUGUCCAGCGAUGAAGAUAGGCGUCUUUCUGAAUUUUAUAACCUGUUCCACUGCCUGCGCAGGGAUUCAGGUAAAGUUGACACGUACAUCAAGAUUCUGGCGUGCCGAAUCUGCAAAACGUGCUAAAUCCACAUCCAUCCCAUCCAGCUCUGAGAUGGUCAUGAUGAUCUAUCCCACAGCAAGCUGCUUUGAAAUUUACAGCUUUUUAAUGCAUGCUCUGUAAUGGGUCUCCUCUUAAAAAAAUAAACACAGAUGCUUUAGA